UCGAGCCCAACUGGUGGAACAGCAGAAAUGUCUAGAGCAGCAGACGGACAUGAGGGUCCAGCUCCUUCAGGACCUCCAGGACUUCUUCCGCAAGAAGUCAGAGAUCGAGAUGGAGUACUCCCGCAACCUGGAGAAGCUCGCCGAACGCUUCAUGGCAAAGACCAGGAGUACCAAGGACCAUCAGCAAUAUAAGAAAGACCAGAAUCUCCUGUCUCCGGUGAACUGCUGGUACCUGUUGCUGAACCAGGUUCGACGGGAGAGCAAAGACCAUGCGACACUGAGUGACAUUUAUCUGAACAACGUCAUCAUGCGCUUCAUGCAGAUUAGUGAAGACUCCACGCGUCUUGUCAAAAAGAGUAAAGAAAUCACCUUUCAGCUGCAAGAGGAUUUGAUGAAAGUCCUCAACGAGCUCUACACGGUGAUGAAAACCUACCAUAUGUAUCACACGGAGAGCAUCAGUGCCGAGAGCAAACUGAAAGAGGCUGAGAAGCAAGAGGAGAAGCAGAUCGGACGUGUUGGAGAUCCCGUCUUUCACAUCCGACUAGAGGAAAGACACCAGAGACGGAGCUCUGUGAAGAAGAUUGAGAAGAUGAAGGAGAAGAGGCAGGCCAAGCACUCUGAGAACAAGCUGAAGUCGAUCAAAGCUCGGAACGAAUACCUGCUGACGCUCGAAGCCACUAAUGCUUCAAUCUUCAAGUAUUAUAUUCACGACUUGUCUGAUUUAACAGACUGUUGUGAUCUGGGAUAUCACGCCUCUCUGAACCGGGCUUUGCGGACCUACCUCUCUGCCGAAUAUAACCUGGAGACGUCUCGUCACGAGGGUCUGGACAUCAUUGAGAACGCGGUGGACAGUCUGGACCCACGUAGUGACCGCCAGCGCUUCAUGGAAAUGUACCCUACUGCCUUCUGCCCACCCGUCAAAUUUGAGUUCCAGCCACAUAUGGGAGAUGAGGUGUGUCAGAUCACGGCCCAGCCUCCAGUGCAGGGAGAACUCCUCCUGAGGUUCCAGCAGCUUCAAUACCGUCUGGCCACCCUAAAGAUAGAGAACGAAGAGAUCAAGAAGACCUCAGAGGCCACUCUCACUACUGUCCAGGACAUGGUGACCAUCGAGGACUAUGACGUGUCCGAAAGUUUCCAUCACAGCCGCUCCACUGAAUCAGUCAAGUCCACCGUGUCGGAAACCUACCUCAGCAAGCCGAGCAUCGCCAAGAGACGCGCCAACCAACAGGAGACGGAGCAGUUCUAUUUUAUGAAGUUCCGCGAGUAUCUGGAGGGCAGCAAUCUCAUCACUAAGCUUCAGGCAAAGCAUGAUCUAUUGAAGAGGACCCUCGGUGAUGGUUACCGUCCUGAGUAUGCGACUACAAGGCCUCCCAGUCUUCCUCCUAAACCGUUUGGCACACAGAGGCCCAGGCCACGCUCUGUAUUUAACGUUAAGCUGUUUAAUGGCAAUUUGGAGUCAUUUGUUAAGGACUCUGGACAAGCAAUACCAAGAGUUGUUGAGAGCUGUAUUCGAUUCAUCAACCUGUAUGGCCUCCAACAUCAAGGAAUAUUCCGAGUAUCUGGAUCUCAAGUUGAGGUCAAUGAUAUCAAGAACUCUUUUGAAAGAGGUAAUGAUCCCCUGACAGACGAAGAGAAUAACCACGAUAUAAACUCUGUUGCGGGCGUUUUGAAACUCUACUUUCGAGGUUUGGAGAACCCUCUGUUUCCAAAGGAAAGAUUCAAUGAUCUCAUCUCUUGUGUCAGAAUAGACAAUCUGUAUGAGAGAGCGCUGUAUAUACGAAAUAUUCUUCUUACUGUACCCAGAUCAGUCCUUGUGGUCAUGCGAUAUCUGUUCGCCUUCCUCAACCACUUGUCCCAGUACAGCGAUGAAAAUAUGAUGGACCACUAUAAUCUGGCCAUCUGCUUUGGCCCCACCCUCAUGCCCACUCCAGAAACUCAGGACCAGGUCUCCUGCCAGGCCCAUGUCAAUGAGGUCAUCAAAACCAUCAUCAUCCAUCACGAGACCAUCUUUCCUGACGCGAAGGAGCUUGACGGCCCCAUGUACGAGAAGUGUAUGGCAGGCGGAGACUAUUGUGAGAGUCCAUACAGUGAACACGGAGCUCUUGAGGAGGUUGAUCAGGAUAGAGGAGCGGAGACCCACACCAGUGAGGAUGAGGGGGAGCCCAUUGAAGCCAUCGCAAAAUUCGAUUAUGUGGGCCGCUCUGCGCGGGAGCUGUCCUUUAAGAAGGGUGCAUCUCUACUGCUGUAUCAGAGAGCGUCGGAUGACUGGUGGGAGGGCAGACACAACGGCAUAGACGGCCUAGUGCCUCACCAGUACAUUGUUGUACAGGAUAUGGAUGACACAUUCUCUGACACUCUGAGCCAGAAGGUGGACAGUGAGGCCAGCAGUGGGCAUGGAGGAGAGGAGAAAUGCUCCAGUAGAGACAUUGGGUCUCCAACAGACAGCAGGCUACCUGAUGCCUACAUCAGCAGGCACAGAAAGAGAAGUGACCCCCCGACCCGCAGGCCUCCAGCUCGCCCCACUGACACCCACUGCUUGGUCCACCCCUCACAGGGCCACCACGGCAACCAUAGCAGCCAGGGUAGUCACUGCAACCCAGAUUUGGGAUCCCCAGUGAUGGGCCACUACAGUCCGCGGGACCUGCUGAGAGGAAGAGGACACAUGCCCAUGGAUAGUCCCGAGAGACGUCGACGGACCGGCCACGGCAGCCUGACCAACAUCAGCCGGCACGAGUCCAUAAAAAAGAUGGAGAGCCCUCCCAUCCGCAGGUCCACGUCUUCAGGCCAGUACACAAGCUUCUCCGAGCCUCACGGCAAGGGCCUGGAUCCAGAGAGCAUCGCACAGGACAUAGAGGAGACGAUGAACACUGCUCUAAAUGAGCUGAAGGAGCUCGAACGGCAGAGUUCUGCUAAACACGCCCCUGACGUGGUGCUGGACACCCUGGAGCCGAUGAAGAAUGCUCCCACACCGGCCAGCUCCACCGAGUCCCUGAGCCAACUCCACGGGCUCCUGCUGCGGCCCGCCGUCAAAGAGCCGCCCAUGCGCCGCAGCACCUGCUCCUCCAGCGAUACCAUGAGCACCUUCAAGCCCGCCGUGGCCCCGCGCAUGGGGGUGCAGCUCAAGCCCCCCGCCCUGCGGCCCAAACCCAUGGUGGCGAUACCCAAAACAGGAGCAGCGCAGCAUCCGGCGGCCCCUCCACAGGAUUCACUUGACAAAUCCUGCACCAUGUGAUUCAUUGUGGGCGAAACGUUCAGAGACAUGAGGACACAAUGUAAGAUUAGGACCACUGCUGUCAGAGCCAGAUAUAUAGUGGAUUUUAAUGCCAAUGAACAUAGUGAGGUGUGGUUCUUUAUUUUGCAACAUUUCAUUCACUUUAGCGAGUGGACUAAAGCAAAUCUAGAUAACUAAAGAUAAUAGAAAUACAUUACUGUAGUUAAUGAGGUGACUGUAGUUUUGAACAUAGUGUGUAUAAAAUUCCAACACUAUUAUAGGGAUUAUUAAUAAACUAGAAUAACGUCACUCACUAAGCGUGGUUCUGAGGGAGGAUAGAGUUAGUUAAACAGAUGUUUAUUUCAGAGUUAGUCCAUUCAAAUGAACAUUUUUAGAUAUUCUAGACACCUUCAACUAACGGAAAGCAGUUUAUUUGUAUCACAAAACUGUUUGCAUGCUUGUCUGACACCUUAUUUUUUCCCGCAAUACUCUGUGUGAAUAGAUUAAGGAGUUGUGACAAUGAUAUUAAAGAAAGCAACAAAUCACUACAGCUUCCUACGGUAUGUUGUUAAGGGUGACUUUCUAUAUAUCAGUAGUUUACAUCCACUAGAAAAACUGCUAAAUGUGAAUAAUACAGAAACUAAGCGGGGUCUUUGGUUUCUCUGUUUACAGCAUAAGGAUUGUGGGAAAUGUGUCUUUACAUCUCAGAGUGUUUUCUAGUCAGGACUCUUCGAAAUGAUGUGUGGAAUGUUGACGUUGGAGAAACACUGCCAUAUAAGGGCAUGUGAUGUCACAUCUUCUGCUCGUCCUGAUUGGCUGUCGAUAUUAUGAGCGAUUCUAAGUUGUGUCAGCAAGGCUUUACUUUGAAUAUUAUAUUUUUGAUAGUAAUAUUUGAAUAUAUGCCCAGGGAGAUUGUGUAAACCACAUCCGCUUACAUUGAAGAAACAUUUUCCUAGUUUU